UAAGUGGAAUCCUUGCUUUUCCUCAUAAAUGUGAAAAGUGGAAUAAACCCAGGGGCAGUUUCACACACAACAUGCCGGCUCCCUGCACAGGUGAGCACACACUGCAGGUCACAUAGCUGUGCAGCAGAAGCAAACAUGCUCAGACUCUGCUCCUAGACCGACUGGUCAUGUGACUGGGAUAGGCCCGGGGAGAGGGGGAGGAGGAGGGGAGAGCCCAGAGACCCCGACUCCUGUGAAGUGACUCCAGAAGACAGCCCAAUAGAUAAUCCCCACCCAAGGAGCCUAUCAACACAUAAUCCGGAUUGUAGGGAAAAGUCUCUCUCCUAAGAGAAAGUGAAAUCUACAGGGCGUAUUGAGUACAGGCUCAGGAUGCCAACUUGUCGCUAGCAUCGGAUCCCCUGCAUUGACAUAGGAAUGCAGCAAGUCAGUGCACAGCCUGGAGCUCACGUCCUGUGAGAGCACAGCAGCAUCAUCUCAGGUCCAUGAAGGAGCUGGCCACCAUGCCAGACGUCACCCCAAUGUCGCUCUUCCAGGAGGUGUCUUCAGAACUUCUUCAGGGACCUUCAGCCAGCGUCCUGGGCAGAGUGCAGAAGUGCAGGCAGGGAGUGAGUGCCCUGGAGGAGAGUUUAGAGACGGACCUGCAGGUUCUGAGCAGGAUUCGGAAGAGUGUUAGAUCCAUCUAUACUUCAGGCCUGUCGUUUGUGGAAGCUCAGGAGAGUUUUGUGGAACCUCUGCAGGCUUUGGGUUCCAACCAGCUCUCAACCAACAACCAUGAGCUAACCACCGGCUUCCUGAACUUGUCUGUCCUUUCAAGGGAGCUGGGCGCGCUCUUCAGUAACAUGAUACACAACCUGAACAGCAUCCUCUCUUUUCCUGUUGACUCGUUAUUACGCGGAGAGUUAAAAGAUGGACGAAUGGAACUGAGGAAGCAGGCAGACAAGAGCUGGAAGGAAUGCGAGAUAAGAAUGACAAAGAAAGCUCGCUCAGGAGGGUCCCGAGCAGAAUCUGACAGUGCAGAGGAUGCUGACAAAGAGAAAAAACUCUUUCAACUUCACUUAUGUGAGUACCUGCUCAGAUUAGGAGAGCUGCAAGUUAAACAGGGUCCUGACUUCCUUGAAUGUCUCAUCAAAGCCUUUCAUGCACAACGCAAUUUUUUUCAGGAUGGAUUAAAUGCUACGCAAAGUCUCCUUCCUUUCAUAGAGAAGUUGUCGUCGUCCCUGCAUACUAUUCAUCAGACUCAGGAUGACGACCUCAAACAACUUUCAGAUGUUCGGGAUGAUCUGCAAAAACAGUUACUUAUAGAAAAUAAGGAGGAUUCAUUGAACAGGAAGGAUUCUGGAUAUAGUUUGCACCAACCUCAAGGGGAUAAGCAGCAUGGAACAGAGAAAUCUGGCUUUCUGUACAAAAAGAGUGAAGGUAUCCGAAAAGUAUGGCAGAAAAGAAAAUGUGGAGUGAAAUAUGGAUAUCUGACAAUAUCUCACAGUACGAUUAAUCGACCUCCAACUAAAAUUAAAUUGCUGACAUGUCAGGUACGGCCCAAUGUUGAGGACAAAAGAAGCUUCUACUUAAUCACACAUAACAGAACAUAUCAUUUUCAGGCUGAGGAUGAGGCUGAGGCGUUCAUAUGGAUAUCAGUGCUUCAAAACAGUAAAGAUGAGUCCUUGAACGCAGCCUUCAGCGGAGAUACAGGGUCAAAUGACCACUCCAACCAACUGGCAAAGCAGAUCAUUAAUGAGAUUAGGUCCCUACCUGGGAACCAAGUGUGCUGUGACUGCGGAGCUCCUGAACCCUCCUGGGUAUCCACCAAUUUAGGAAUUCUCAUCUGCAUUGAGUGUUCUGGGAUUCAUCGCGACUUAGGAGUGCGCUACUCACGGGUUCAGUCUUUAACUCUUGACUUACUGAGCACUUCUGAACUCUUGAUUGCAGUUUCCAUUGGAAAUGCCAAAUUCAAUGAUGUUUUUGAAGUAUCUCUUCCAACACCAAAUCCCAAGCCCAAACCCAGCAGUGACAUGGCUUCCAGGAAAGAUUAUAUCACUGCAAAAUAUGUUGAACACAACUUUGUGGACAGAGAAAAAAGCAAUGCUCUGCAUGGAAUUAGAGAGGCCAUUCAACAGCAUGACUUGGUGUCCCUCCUGCAGUGCAUGGCGAAUGGGGCAGAUCUGAGUAAACCCCUUCCCUCGGUGGACAAUCAGGAUCAUCCGGAGCAUCCCCUUCACUUUGCUGUCUAUAUGAGUGAGAAAAAUUCCCUCCCAAUAGUAGAUUUCCUCAUCCAAAAUGGGGGAGCUGUGGAUAAAGUUACAGCAGAUGGACAAACAGCCCUACAUUAUGCAGUUAAAUAUAAUAAACCAGAUUGCAUACGGCUUCUCCUGAGAGCAAAGGCAUCUGUGAAUACUGUCAACCAUGCGGGAUUAACUCCCUUGAUGUUGGCUCAGACUCUUAAACACUUAGAAUGCGAAGAGCUGCUGGAAAGAGCAGGAGAUGGGAGCUUUAAUAUUGAACUGGAUUUUGACUGGUUCCACAUAGAAGAGGAAGUAAGCAACAGUGAUGAGGACGAUGGAGAAAAGCUGAGCCCAUUAUACCCAAAUCCUGUGUUGCCUUCAGCAGUCAGAUCCUACCAGAGACAAACUUCGAUGGGAUUGGACAUCAGCAACAGAACUUAUGAGACAUUUCUUAUUCCCUCCAAACCAUCACCACCUCAUAGAUCCUGGAGUGUGGAGAUGCCGCCACCACUGCCUGCCAAAACACAUAGUCGUAAAGCCCAUGAGUUUUCUUGGCACACCCCGGUCACUUUGGACCGUCCUCUCAGCGUUUCUUCCUGCCCACCUGGUGGAGGGGAUUGGGAGGGAGUUUCAGAAGUGGGAUUGCAGCGUCGGUCAUCUGAGCCUCCACGAUAUACGUCAGAUUCUCAUGGCCAUACACACAGCAGUUUAAGCAUGGAUGGAGUAAAGUCUUACAGAAGAGUGAAAUGUUCUCAGAAUGUGGAAAGUUCAACACAAGCUAGACCUCCGUUACUGUAGACAACCCAGUACCGUGGAUAUUUCACAGUUGCAGCUUUCAUCAUGAAGUUAUCCUCGUAUCACAGCUUCAUAUAUUAUGCUCCAGCGCAGGAUAAGAUAUGAGUACCAGGGGAAAACUGUUAUUAUCCUUUAUUUCUAUCCUGCAGGCUGAGCUCAGACGCUGGAAAAUGUAAACCGUUAACAAUAUUCAAAUGUGCGCCACCCAAAUGGAUAACAAUUUGAGCGUGUGCACUCCUGACCCAUACUGGAUGUUUCCUGCAGACUGGAAUCUGACGGAAGAUGGCAUGGUCGCUUUGAAUUUGACUUUUUCACCCUUUUUUCACAUGCUCGUGUCAUGGCUGUGGAUUCAAGAUACUCACAGAUGCCAUAUAUAUAUGGAUUUUAUGAUUUGGGACUGCAAUUUGCGCAGACAGGUUUCCUCUUGAGUUAAAUGUCGGAAUCCUAUAUUUGACUGAUGAACUAGAUGAUGCAGUCCUACAACCAUUUCUCAUCACCCGACUGACUAUUGGACUAUAGUAUAGAUAUCGACCACUUCAUCAUUAUAGGGACACUAACCAGAAAGAAAAUAUCUUUUUCAUGAAUUUUAUCUGUCUUUGAGGAAUCUAUUCAUUUUACAUGUUUGUGUUCUGCACAUUAGGGCAGGUUUAUUAUUACUGUUAUACCAACGAGUCUGUGAUGUGUGAGCCCUAGUAUCACUCAUAGUAAUGCAGUGUUAUCUGUGUGUUCAGACAAGUCAUUUUUCGUGCCAUAGAGCCUUAGCCUAAAUCAAAAAUUGAGUUUUGUAGUUGGAAUCCAGAUCAGACAGCUUCUGAUCUGCCAGAAAAUCAAAAAUAACUGAUCUUUUUUGUAGCAUAAGUUAUGAUCAGUUGGCAUCAGUUUGUGUCACUUCUGUCAGAGAUCAGUUAUUUUUGAUGCCAGAAAAUGUACUGCAUGCAGUGACAAACUGAUGCCGACUGGUCAUAACUGAUGCUAAAAAAAAUGGAUCAGUUAUUUUUAGUGCAAUUUGAUGAUAACUGAGCACAACUGAUGGUUAAAUUUAGGGCUCAUGCACACGGCCGUAGCUGUAGUCCACAGAUCCGCAAAACACGGAUACUGGCCAAGAUCCUUCCACCAUUUUAUUUUUUUUAUUCCUCCAGAAAUGUAAUAUGCUUGUUUGCAAAACGGAGAAGGAUAGGACAUGUUCUGUAUAUUUUUGCGGGGCUGAGUAAUGGACUUACAGAUGUGGACAACAUAUGAGUGUGCUGUUCGCAUCUUUUGUGGUCCCUUUGAGAUGCAGAAAAAUUGCGGAUUAGAUGCGGACCAAAACUAUGGUCUUGUGCAUGAGCCCUAAUGCUCAGUUCACUUCAUCGUUUAGCCUUCUGUUCUUCCGAUCCAUCAUUAGAACAGAGAAAAACGGAUCCUUAGGGAUCAUUCACAUGACCAUGUGAAGCCCAUGCCCGGAUCCGCAAUACACGGGCACCGUUCCGUGUGCAUUCCACAUCACAGAUGCGGACCCA